AUGGUAUUCACGAUAACCCUCAAAGAGCACAGAAAAUUCAUCAAGAAAUUGAGAGAGAUAAUAGCAAUUUCAGGUAUGGAAAUACCAGUUCUGGAAAAAGAGCGGAAAUUUGUUGAUCAUUUGGCUGAAAUUGGAAAGAUAAAGAUGGAUAAAAUUCAAAUGUCCAGAGAAUACCCAAGUCUGAUAAAUGAAAAAGAAAUGAGUGAAGGAGAAAAGGAGGCCUUUGAAACAUCCGUUGACACUCUAUUUUUAAAAUCCCUGUUGGCAGCACUUAACAUAAAUACAUAUUUUAUUGUGACGCCUGCCACAUUGAAUUACGCUAUCGGCGAAGUUCUUAGUAAGGGAGAGUCAGCAUUGCUCAGCGUAUCGGAUAAAAAAAAUCUACUUCCCUUUGCUCGAAAGCUUCAUGAAUUAGGAUUUACUUUGAUAGCAUCUGGAGGAACUGCUAGUGCUUUGAAAGAUAAUGGCCUUUUUGUCAAAGAUGUAUCAAGUAUUACAGGCGCUAGUGAAAUGCUUGGUGGCAGAGUAAAAACUUUACAUCCAGCGGUUCAUGCUGGUAUUUUGGCCAGAUUAACUGAAUCAGACAAAGCAGAUCUUGUUAGCCAUAACUUUAGUUAUAUUAAUGUUGUUGUUUGUAAUCUUUAUCCUUUUAUCGAUACCAUAUCCAAAUCUAAUGUAUCGCUUGAGGAUGCUGUAGAAAAUAUUGACAUAGGCGGCGUAACUUUACUGAGAUCUGCAGCAAAGAAUCAUUUACGAGUGACCGUUGUCUGCGAUCCUAAUGAUUAUGAAAAGGUCAUCUUGGAAUUGCAAAACUCUGAUAAUAAUGAAACAUGUUUACAAACGAGACAAUUCCUUGCAGUUAAGGCGUUUACGCUCACGGCCCAGUACGAUGAUGCAAUUUCAAACUUUUUUCGACGUCAAUAUAAAUCUGGGUCGUCCCAAAUGACUCUUCGCUAUGGUAUGAACCCUCACCAAAAACCAGCCCAGCUGUAUACGACACUUGAUAAACUGCCAAUUACCGUAGUUAAUGGUUCACCAGGUUACAUCAAUUUGUGUGAUGCUUUAAACGGAUAUCAGUUGGUCAAAGAACUUAAGGCUGCUUUAGGGAUUCCUGCAGCUACUUCAUUUAAGCAUGUGAGUCCUGCAGGUGCUGCUGUUGGUAAACCACUAGAUGAAACACAAGCCAAAGUUUGUCAGGAAACUGGUGGUACACCGUUUGAGGAAAAAGAAGAGAGUAGUUUUGAUGCUAAUAAAAGAAAUCUUGAAAUGACAGAUUUAAGAUGGCUGCCAGAAGUCACAGAAAUUUCACAAUUAUCUUCUUAA